AGUUUUCAAUCUUUCCCUCUAUAUAAACACUUCUCACACAACAUCUCAAAACCUCCAUCUACUUUCUCUUCUUUACUAUUCAUCUUCUUCUUCUUCUAAGAUCACAAAAAACAGAGAGAAAAAGAAAAAAUGCCUGCUGCAGGAAUCCCCAUUGGAGGGGGAAACAAAGAGUACCCCGGUGAACUCACUCCUUUCGUCACUGUAACAUGUAUCGUUGCAGCCAUGGGUGGUUUAAUCUUCGGCUACGACAUUGGAAUUUCAGGUGGAGUAACGUCGAUGGAUCCAUUUCUGAAGAAGUUUUUUCCGGCGGUGUAUAGGAAAAAAAAUGAAGACAAAACGACAAACCAGUACUGUCAAUACGACAGUCAAACACUGACGAUGUUUACUUCAUCGUUGUAUUUGGCUGCACUUUUGUCUUCGUUGGUUGCUUCCACCGUUACUCGGAAAUUUGGUCGGAAACUUUCCAUGCUUUUCGGAGGUUUACUUUUCCUUGUCGGUGCUCUCAUUAAUGGCUUUGCUCAACAUGUUUGGAUGUUGAUCGUCGGUCGGAUCUUACUCGGGUUUGGUAUCGGGUUCGCUAAUCAGUCUGUGCCAUUGUACCUUUCUGAGAUGGCUCCUUACAAAUACAGAGGAGCAUUGAAUAUUGGAUUUCAACUAUCAAUUACAAUAGGUAUACUUGUGGCCAAUGUGUUGAACUACUUUUUUGCCAAAAUCAAAGGUGGAUGGGGAUGGAGAUUGAGUUUAGGUGGUGCUAUGGUCCCCGCACUUAUUAUAACCAUUGGAUCAUUAGUCCUUCCCGACACUCCCAAUUCAAUGAUCGAACGUGGUGAUCGUGAUGGAGCCAAGACUCAACUUAAGAAAAUUCGCGGUGUUGAAGAUGUUGACGAAGAGUUCAGUGAUCUUGUGGCAGCUAGUGAAGCGUCAAUGCAAGUGGAACAUCCUUGGAGGAAUUUGUUGCAAAGGAAGUAUAGACCUCAGCUUACAAUGGCUGUAUUGAUACCGUUCUUCCAACAAUUUACCGGCAUUAAUGUUAUCAUGUUUUACGCGCCUGUGUUGUUUAAUUCGAUUGGGUUUAAGGAUGAUGCUUCACUUAUGUCGGCUGUUAUCACCGGCGUUGUUAAUGUUGUUGCUACUUGUGUCUCAAUUUAUGGAGUUGAUAAGUGGGGUAGGAGAGCCCUUUUCCUUGAAGGUGGUGUUCAAAUGCUUAUAUGCCAGGUUGCAGUUGCGGUUUCAAUUGCGGCCAAGUUUGGAACCGAUGGAAACCCCGGUGAUUUACCGAAGUGGUAUGCUAUAGUAGUGGUGCUCUUCAUUUGCAUUUACGUCGCAGGAUUUGCGUGGUCAUGGGGUCCGCUUGGAUGGUUGGUGCCUAGUGAGAUUUUCCCAUUGGAGAUUCGUUCGGCUGCUCAGAGUGUCAACGUGUCGGUCAACAUGCUUUUCACCUUCUUAGUUGCACAAGUUUUCUUGACAAUGCUUUGUCACAUGAAGUUUGGUUUGUUCCUCUUCUUUGGUUUCUUUGUUGUGGUGAUGACAUUCUACAUUUACUUCAUGCUGCCUGAAACAAAGGGAAUACCAAUUGAAGAGAUGGACAGGGUUUGGAAAUCACACCCCUAUUGGUCUAGAUUUGUUGAACAUGAUGAUUAUGGCAAUGGUGUUGAGAUGGGCAAGGGAGUUACUAAAAAUGUGUAAUUAUUUAGUCUUGGUUUUAUUUUCCUUAAUUAGUAAUUAAUUUUUUUUUUUAAUUUUCUGAAACACAGUACUAUUGGUUUCAAAGUUAAGUAUCAAAUGUAUUGAAUCGCCCUUCAAAAUUAAUUAAGGAGUUAUAUUUUUCUCA